UUUACUUUUUCUUCCAAAACUGUGAGGCGAUUUGCUUGCAAGGCAUUGGUUCAAUGUGCCAUCUAUUACUCCAGAUCAAAUAGAAAAUUUGAUUUUUCUACUUCUACUCCCCUUCCACAGGAUACUUAUGAGACACUCUUCUUCAUUGCUGACUUGCAUGCGAUCACUUUACCGUAUGAUGUUCCACAAUUGGCUGAAGCGACAAGGAACACAGCAGCUAUUUAUUUGGCAUGUGGUGUAGAUACCUUGAAGGCUUCUGUAUUUGUACAGUCACAUGUUCACGCGCAUUUAGAAUUAAUGUGGCUAUUGUGUUCUGACACACCAACUGGUUGGUUGAAUAGAAUGAUCCAGUUUAAAGAAAAAUCACGCAAGGCGGGCGAUGAAAAUGUUGGAGCAGCCCUUCUAACAUACCCUGUCUUAAUGGCUGCUGAUAUUCUUCUUUAUCAGUCUGAUUUUGUGCCUGUUGGGGAGGAUCAGAUGCAGCAUCUUGAACUAACCCGUGAACUGGCUGAGAAAAUGAACCACCUGUAUGGAGGACGGAAAUGGAAGAAAUUGGGAGGGAAAGGCGGUGCACUCUUUAAGGUCCCUGAAGCUCUUAUUCAGCCAGCAGGUGCUCGUGUUAUGUCUCUCACAGAUGGUCUUUCAAAGAUGUCAAAGUCGGCUCCUUCAGAUAUGUCUCGUAUCAAUCUUCUGGAUCCAAAAGAUGUCAUUGCCAACAAGAUCAAGCGUUGCAAAACUGACUCGCCUCCAGGAUUGGAAUUUGAUAACCCUGAGAGACCUGAAUGCAACAAUCUUCUAUCAAUUUAUCAGCUUGUUACUGGUUGGACUAAAGAGGAAGUUGCGUUGCGAUGCCAAAACAUGAAUUGGGGGGCUUUCAAGACGAUCCUUACAGAUGCUUUGGUCAAUCACCUGCACCCAAUUCAGGUUAUUUUUUAG